AUGCUUUUUCUGGUGGUUUGCUGCUUGGAGAUCAGUGACCUGAUCUUUGCCGUGGAUUCUGUCAGCGCCAUCGUGGCGCAAGUCAAUGAUCUCUUCUUGGCGUACUCCUCAGCUGUUUUUGCAAUGCUCGGACUCCGCGCCACCUUCUUUAUCAUUGAUGUCCUUGUGCACAUGUUCGAGCUUCUGAAAUAUGGGGUCUCUGCGGUUCUGGUUUUCAUUGGGGUGAAGCUUAUCCUGGCACACCACUACACCAUUGAGCCACACACCGUGGUCUGUGUCCUCAUCGGCUGCAUUGGCGCCUCUAUGCUUGCCUCCGUGAUGAAGGUUGAAAUGGAGAAGAAAAUGCAAGGGCAAGCACCAGAGGAUGUUGCCAAGAGGAUUGAACAGGUGAAGGAGAGGACGACACCCCUCACUUCACCUUUCGUGCCGGUUGCACUUCCAGCAGCGCAGUGA